CUUCAACCUUAAGCAAUGGCCGCCCCGCUGACCAGCCAGCCCCCUGACGCUGAGCUUCCCCUCGACAAGUACGCGCCACCGCCGCAUGGAUAUUCGGAGCAGUCCCAUGGUGUCUUCCACUGGGACAUCACCAGCUACCACACCAUGCUCCGCCAGUCGCAGCUCUACGCCGAGCUGUAUUCGAAGGAGUUUGCCCUAGCCGGCUUCGACUGGAGCAUGACCCUGAACCUCUCCAGCUCAUACCGCGGCGAGUUCAUCGGCCUGCACGUCCACUGCAAGACCGCCGACACCAUGCCUGAAGACUGGGAGCAGUGCAUCAUCUACUCGAUACGGUUCGAAAACCCCGCCGACCCAAGCAGCAGCGAGGGUGUGCAGCAGAGGUACCGCCUGUCAAGGGAGUAUGCCAGCCUCGACAUCCCACACGCAUUCCUCCGCAGAACCCUCAAGGAGAAAAAGAUCUACAACAAUGUGCCGGUGAUCCAGAACAACAAGCUGCGUAUCUCCGUGUACAUGCGCGCCAUUAGCGACCCCACGCGCAUGCUGUGGCACGAUUUCAGCAAAACCUACAACUCGCUUGUGAGGACCGGAUAUGUCGGGCUAGAGAACCAUCUCCCGUACAAGUCCAUGACUGCCUUGCUGCUGACGCUGUAUCAGAUUAAGCCCUUGCGCGAGGCCAUUGCGUCCAUCAGGGGCAAGGAUCCGAUCCGCGACGAGUCGUUCCACAUAUGGGGCAUGAUGCGGCCAAAAAACGGCAACGGUCUCUCCCGCGAAAUUGCCGAGGUCUACCACAGGCUAGGCUCCACACGCCCCACCACGCACAUAUACGAAAUGUCCAAGGCCAUAACCCGUCUCGGCUACAUUGCCGGAUACUACAUCCCCCUGGGCCAUGUGGCUGCCGUCGUCCUCGAGCGCGUUGUGCGCGAAAUCGGCAUGGUGGUCGACAACAGGCACCUGCUGCCGAUGAUGUGCGGGCUAAAGCAGACCACCACCAUACGGAUAGCCGACAGGACAUCAAUGCUCGAGAUUUUCGAUGCCGUGGUCGACGAAGAUGAGGAGGAGCCCGAGCUGGCCAUGGUCAACCCGCUUAUUCUGGACAUCAGCGGGUGCUACGAUGUGAAAUCGGUACUGCGCAAGCACUUUUCCCUCCACGUCGUCAAGACAAACCAGCAGCCUAUUUUCACCGUCAUCCAGAUCCACAACAGCGUCAGGAGAGUGGAGGUCCUGGAACUACCGACAGUUCUGUUUAUCAACUUUGAGCGGUUCACCAAGCCGUUUCGGCCCAUCACUAUAUACAAGACCGACGCGCUGGUGACAUUUGAAGAGACGCUGGACAUGGCCGAGGAAAGCGGGAGCCCAACUAAGUAUACACUGUUUGCCGUGAUGGUCCAUGUCGGCGAGGGGAUGCGAGGAACACAUGCGAGCUUCAUGCGCCCAAAGAUGGACCAGUGGUUUGUGUUCGAGGAUGAUUUGGUAUUCCCUGUGCAUCAUGAUGUGGUGUUUGAUCGAGUCGAUGUAAACCAGUAUCUGUCUACGAUCGUUGACACUGACCGCCCAAGGAAGAUCCUUAGCGCAAAACGGUUCAGAAACACGUAUAUGCUUGUUUAUAUUCGAGACGACCAGAUCGACUAUGUUCUGGGUCUCUAGGGGUAUUAAUUUGAAUAUUAGCUACUAUUAGGAUGGCAGGAGAGAGAUGUAUGCGUAUACAAUAUUUGGCCUGCAACCAAGGAUCAGAGGGAGGGAAAAGGCUGCUGAGACGCAAGAUAUAUGUGGCAUUUGUAGUCUGCAGCAGCAGUAUUGCUACAUUUUGUGUUGUGUUUCUAACUGGCCAUCAUAGAGUUUGAAAAGUACCCGAUAUCCAGAGAGGAGUGGCCAGUGCCAAUUAUAGAACUGACAGCCAUGUUUGUAGUUAGGCAUAUGCCCAGUCCACAAAUCACCAAUACAGUCAGCUCAGCCUUCAAACUCAUUUUCGUGAUUAUAAACUAUGUGGUGUAUGUUUACCCGAGAAAAAAGUG